AUGGGCGGUGGUGUGAUGUCUCGGCCGAUUGGAGCUGGACGCUGCUACACCAUGUCAGGUGCAUUAGGACUUAGCCAGCAGGGUGUCGAACUUGAGAGUAUUAUGCGCAGUGUUGAGGGCGUGGAACGUAAGACGCGUAUCUUUUGUACGCUAGGACCAUCUUGCUGGUCUGAGGAGGGACUUGGUGAGCUCAUUGACAGCGGCAUGAACGUGGCUCGGUUUAAUUUCUCUCAUGGAGACCAUACUAGCCAUGCUGAGACACUUAAUCGACUACGUGCUGCACUUGCUUCACGCCCCCAUAAAAACAUUGCUAUUUUGCUUGACACGAAGGGGCCAGAGAUACGUACGGGUUUUUUGGCUAAUAAGGACAAGGUUUCUAUUAAAAAAGGAUCGACUGUGGAGUUGACAACGGACUACGAAUUUCUUGGUGACGAAUCCAAGAUUGCGUGCUCGUAUCCAGAGCUACCUCAGUCAGUCCAAGUUGGUGGAUCUAUUCUCGUGGCUGAUGGCUCGUUGGUGCUUACGGUUUUAGAGAUCAAAGAUGACAGUGUUGUCUGUCGUGCAAACAAUUCUGCGAUACUCGGUGAGCGAAAGAACAUGAAUCUUCCUGGCUGUAAAGUAAUGCUUCCAACGCUUACGGAAAAAGAUGAAGAUGAUUUGGUAAAUUUUGCUCUCGUGCACGGCGUUGAUUAUAUUGCCGCCUCGUUCGUACGUACAGGCCAGGAUAUUGAUAAUAUUCGCCAAGUACUUGGUCCUCGUGGUCGUGCUAUAAAAAUUAUUGCCAAAAUUGAGAGUCAGGAAGGACUGGAGAAUUUUGACGAGAUUCUGGCCAAGACGGACGGAAUUAUGGUCGCUCGAGGUGACUUAGGCAUGGAGAUUCCACCUGAAAAGGUGUUUUUAGCACAGAAAAUGAUGAUUCGUAAAGCCAACAUUGCUGGCAAGCCUGUUGUAACUGCGACUCAGAUGCUGGAGUCAAUGAUCAAAGCCCCGCGACCGACACGUGCUGAAUGCACAGAUGUUGCUAAUGCCGUGCUUGAUGGUACAGAUGCCGUCAUGCUUUCGGGUGAAACUGCUAAUGGCGACUACCCUGCGGAGGCCGUAGCUAUGAUGUCUAAAAUCUGUGUGCAGGCUGAAGGUGCGAUUCACUAUAACGAGCUGUACCAGGCCCUUCACAAUUCGGUACUUGAUACGUAUGGUCAGAUGGAUACACAAGAAGCCAUCACGUCGUCGGCAGUGAAGACAGCAAUUGACAUCAAUGCUAAGAUGAUUGUGGUGCUGACUGAAUCUGGCAAUACUGCACGCCUAGUUUCGAAAUUUCGUCCUUCGAUGCCAGUGCUGGUGCUUACGGCUUUGGGUGUGACUGCACGCCAGGCCGAGGGCUUUAAUAAGGGCGUUACCGCGCGAUGCAUGGGCUCAAUGAUUGGAACGGACUCGAUACUUUAUCGCGCUACGGAUCUUGGAAAGCAGUUUGGCUGGGUGAAGUCUGGUGACAAUGUUGUUGCUUUGCACGGUAUGGUAGAAGCCCGCUCAGGGUCGACAAACAUGCUGAAGGUGUUGACUGUGGAAUAA